AUGAAGAUGGGAGUGACGCUCCUGGACCCGAGUUACCGAACCUCCCCUCUCGACACGGGCAAAGGCGGCGAGGAUGAGCGACGUCAGGAUUCAGGACCAAGCAGCGCAAGGACGCAAAGUAGUUUGAGCAUGCAGCAGCCAUCGUUGCUCCCCAGCAAUUAUGUGAACCGCGCCCUCUUCCGUGCCCCGGUGGCCAACGGUGCCGCGCCGCCGCCGCCAGAGUUUGCAUCAGUUGACGACCAUUUGGCACAGGGCCCCGUCUCGGAUGUUUGCUCCGACAACUCUGAUCCAAACAUGUUAGGGGCCCCCUGGGUUGAAUAA